AUGAUGGCGAGUGCUGAAGAAGAAAUACGUCGACGUCUUCUUGAUGUUGCACCAGAACCUAAUGAAUCAUUACCAUUUCAUGGUCGUGUCCGAUUAGCUCGUAAAAAAAAACCUGAUCCAUGGUAUAUUAAGGCAGCUGAAGGUCUUCUACUUUGUCUUGCUCUUGGAUUACUUUAUGCAACAUAUUAUCAUUUUGAACAUGUUCAUUUUCAUGUCAAUCGUUUUUAUGCAAAUUUAGGAUAUAAAGAAGCACAACAUAACCUUGGACAUAGUUAUAUGCAUGGUGUCGGUGCUGAUCAUCAUGCAGAAUCGGCUGUAUACUGGCUCAAACAAGCAUCAGAUCAAGGUCAUGCAAAAGCUCAAUAUAAUUUAGCUAUAUCUCAUUUACGAGGAUUUAAUACAGGUCUUCAACCAGGUGAAGCACGUAAAUUAAUUGAACUAGCAGCUCAAGCUGGUGUUCCUGAAGCUCAAAAAACAUUGGAAACUAUUUGUGCCCAAGGUGGUUGUGAAAUUUGA